AGGGAAAUAGAGCAUUGAUGUGCGUUCCACGUCGCGCCGAGGACCUGCUGAGGGAAAUUACUUGGCGACGUUAGUCGUGGAUAAUCCUACUGAAUAAGGACUUUGACCCGAAACAACUGUGAGCCUUUUGCUUUAGACGAGACGUCGAUCUAACAUUGUUUAUAAUGACAGAAUAAUAAUUCAAUUGAAAAAUGAAGAUACACAAAUUUGCAGAAAACGGGCAAGAUAGUGGUCUUGGACUGAAAUUAACGAGUGAACGGGGCAGACUACGUUAAUUGGAAUCUUUACCGAAAUAUUGAAGAAACCACCAUCUGUCUCGAAUUUGGUUGUUGCUUCUGCAUCCUCGAGGUUGCGACUAGCUUACAUAAGAGUGCUUUGUGUAGGACCAAGAGGGGCUGUUGAAUCGAAGCACAAGACAACGUAAUGUAAUGAACGGAAGCCCUGGGACUCAAUCUGUAGACACAUUGGUGACUCUGAAGACUGGUUUUGGAAUCCUCCUUACCAUGACCCACCUGGAUCUGGCCUCAAGCUCGCUGUGUUAAGAUGAAUGAAGCCCAGAGACGGGGAGCACGAGGGGGGACGUUCACCGUGAAAGCAGACGUCAUCCUCCAUGCUGGGAACUCUGACCUGGCCUCUCCCACCGAGGAGGGGGGAGGGCUGUGUCCUUUAGCCCUGAGGCAGGAGGGGAGCUCCCACACCUCAGACCUGGGGUGCCUAAAGGACGACCAGGCCCCGAUGACCUUUGACAAGGAGUAUCUCUUGGACAGGGGGGGAAACCAUAAUGAGCUUCAGCCAACUGACACUUCAUACAUCUCAAACACCGACCAGUUUCACAUCUCAAAUUAUCAUCCUAAGCAGGUGCCUCUGUCAAGCCCAGAUCUGAACGGUUCUCACGGCAGAAAUGGCAUCAGUGAUGGUAUGAAUGGAGCCCAGGCCAAAGUGCCCUGCUGUGUAGACUCCUCUACAUGUGUUGAGAGCCGGGCCGACCAGGAAGUGGACGGCCCCCUGUUGUCCUUCAACCAUGGGAAGAAUCAGUGUCAGAAAAGUAACGUCACCACCCCCUCUGAGCACGGGACUGUUGCGCCUGACACUCAUUGUAUGGGCCGGCAGCCAACCACGCUAGAGCUAGGUCUCUCCUCCAGUCCUGGCUCUCACACAGCUGAGCCCACACAAUAUGGCCAUUCAGCACGCAGGGACAGCGGUCACAACGGAAACGCGGCAUCUAAAAAGGAGCCCGAUUUAGUGAUUGAGGUCGGCGGACAGAAAAUCAGUGUGCACAAGUCCGUGUUGGCGGAGAAGAGCGACUACUUCAGGGCGAGGCUGUCUCGGGACAUCCUGAAAGUGAAAGGCGUGAACUACAAGACCUUGUCGAUUUUGAUAGACUACAUCUACACUUCCCAGAUGAGUGUGCAAAAGGACAAUGUGGUCGACGUCAUCACCGGGGCUAAGAUCCUGCAGGUCCCCUGUGCCGUCCAGGCUGCCAUGGACUCCAUGUCGGAGCAGAUCACGCCAGAGAACUGCUACGAGGUCCUGACCAUCGCCAAAAAGCAGCGCCUCAGUGAACUGAAGGAAACCGCCUACCGUUUCAUGAGUGACAACUUCCUGCAGGUUCUCCGGGACCCUGCGGUUUACGGGCGCCUGAACGGCUCAGAGCGAGACCUGAUCCUGAAGAAGAGAAUGGAAGGGAAGAAGUCCUUGAUGGUGGCAGAGAUCAAUGACGUGUUUGACCGUGUGGGCAGCAGACCGCCCAGUCGCAACAACAGCCGACCGCAAAGUCCCCUGUCGGUGGCCUCUUUCGAGGACAAUCACAUGAUCUACUACUUUAACGAGACAGCAAACGACUGGAGACCGCUGACUGUGAUGCCCGAGGACAUCAACACGAAAGGCUGUGGGAUCUGCACCAUGUACAAUUACCUGUUUGUGGCUGGGGGGAUAAAGGGCUAUGGGGACAAGGGAAAGGUCUCAGACAAGGUCUUCUGUUACAACCCCGUCACCAACCGCUGGAGUGAGAUUCGACCGUUGAACCAGGCGAGGUCACAGCUUAAGCUGGUGUCCAUGGAUGGGAACCUGUACGCCAUCGGAGGGGAGUGUCUGUUCACGGUGGAGAAGUACGACCCCCGUAUGGACCGUUGGACCGCGGUGGCCCCCUUACCUAAAGGGGCGUUCGCAGUUGCGCACGAGGCCACCACCUGCAACGGAGAGCUGUACGUCUCCGGGGGCUCGCUCUUCUACCGUCUGCUCCGAUACGACAUCAAGAGGGACGAGUGGCAGGAGUGCCCCUACAACAACAGCAGGAAGAAGUCUUCCGACAUGGUGGCCCUCAAGAGCUUCAUUUACAGGUUCGACGUCAACCGGGAACAGGGGAUAAAUGUGUUCAAGUACAACACCAUAGUGAAGAUGUGGCACGACUGCGCGUCACAGCGACAGGGAAGUCCUCUGCCGUUCAGGUGUGCCGUCAUCGGAAACUGCAUCUAUUGUGUGAACAAGACACAGACGCUCCAGUUCAUAGUGGAGGAGGAGAAUGCCUACUUUGUGGAGGAACCACUGAGAGCCCCUCUGGAGGCAAAAGGAAUACUGUUUCCUUUUAUACUCAGUUUACCAGAGAAGCCAGAGAGGAUUGUGUAAUGUCAUGCUACUAUCGAUAAGACAACAUAGCCGAAAUGGAAUAGAUAAACACUUAUCGAUGUCAGCUUUACUUUUCUUGUGUCCAGUUUACAUGCUCGAAAUGGAAUGUGUUCAUUUGCAUGGCGAGUUAACGUGUCUCCGGGAUAAGCCUUAAGAAGGAAAACUUUCUAAAUGUUGAAUGAAUGCUACAAGAUAUGCAUCCAACUGUAUAUAGAGAUGAGACAAUAGUCCAUUUUGUGCAUACCUCUAUGUGGAUUUUUGUUUGGUGCACUUUCGUAACUGCAGGUAGAAUAGGUUUUGUUUUAAUCGUAUUAGUUGGCUGGUGGCUUUGGCCAAGCAUCUUAUGUGGAAAAUGGUUGCAUUGAGAAUAAGGGAACAGUUUAAGUAUGUCUGGACAUGGCUGCUCCAUAUAUGCCCUAUGCAAACAAGCACUUCAGUGACAUCAUUUAUUAGCACAAUGCCUGCCACAACAUACAACAUUAUGGUCUAUAAGGAUGUUCUGAAAAACCUGAUAUUCUGACUGCAUUUAAGAGAGCAAUGUAAACCUACGCCAUUCAGUUACAAGAUGCAAAUAACCUAGAUCCAUACAAUACAGGUCUUUAGAAACUGUCUACGAGCACAAUUCACAUGUGAAUAAAACUACAGAAUACCUACUUUAUCAAAACCAAUGACAACAUUUACCAAUAAGUGUGAAAGGACAAAUAUAUAUUUAAUACAAUCGGUUAUAUGGGCUUGAUUGAUUGGCUGUUUGGUGCCUAUGUUUACAGAGUUUAUUAAAGGGAUUUGUAAGAGGUGGAGUACUUUCUCUGAGGGAUUGGAUCCCUUUGUCAUGUUUGCCAAAGACAUAUGUUAUAGUUAUCAAUCCUUAACAUAUGGUAUGUGGAAAGAAAGUGAUAAAACACUCACCAUAACUUGUUCAUCUUAUAGCAAAAGCUUCAGCUUUCGGAACAACUUUUGUGACUUCAGGGCAUCUCAUUUGCUGCAAAUUUUAUUUUAAAGUCACUUUUAUGGUUAAAGUCAUGUUAAUAUCUCUUCUGUCAAAUUCAUUUAUUAGAAGCCACAGAGCCCAGAUUUAGCGUAAUAAUUACGGUACCAUUAAUAAAAAACACUGUUGAAUAAUUUGAACUGCAAAACCAAGUUUGAAGAAUUUGGUAGAUUAAGCUGUUUUCCGAGAUAAGAGUUUGCUGCCUUGGCGUGAUGCACUUACGGCAUCCAUUAUUCACAGUAGCAAGCAGAAUUUCUCUAGCACAACAUAGCUCAAACACAGCUUAUGCACCAUUAUGCCAAAUCCUUCUCAAACCACGCACUUGUAGUAUUGAAUAAGGCCACUACAACUCUUCAAUCUUCUGCAUUUUUUGUUCAACUUUUUGCUUUUGCAAUAGCACAUCCAUUGGGAUUUUUGUUAAGUUAUGGGAGUUAUAUACAGUAGUUUGCUCUGUUAUCUGAAAUAGGUGGGCCUGCCUGCUCUGACCAAGUGGAUGUCACUUGACAUUAGUUGGACUGUUUGCUCUCUGAUGUCAGUGUAUUGUGAAGUUCUAAUGGCUUGGUAUUGUUUAUCUAAUGACUUGGACCUGGUAUUGUGAUGAAUGGCUUGAAGACACAAUAUAUUUAGCUGGUUGACGGCUUUCUUACCAUAAAUGGCUAACAAACUAACUGUUGAAUAAUGUAUUACAGUCAAA